GCCUCCGGUCCAGGCCAGGCUGUCUUGGGGGGUCGGCAGAACUGGGUGAGCUCGCAGCGCUCGGGGCCAGGCGGUCUUGGCGUCCCAGGGUAGCAGCUGGAGAGCCGGGCGGGCCCGUCGGGAGAUCCACCCCCUGGGGAGGCCAACGGACUGUCUGUUGGACAGCAGCCGCCCACAGCCCUCCCUUCUCCGGCCAUGGAGGCCGAGCCCCCGCUGUACCCAGUGGCUGGUGCCGCCGGCCUCUUGGCCGAGGAGCCCGAAGCUGGAGUCCCCGACGGGGUCCUCCCGGAAGGGCCCGAGCUGGAUGAGUUUGUGGGGGCCUACCCAGACUACAAUGAGGAGGAGGAAGAGCGCAGAUAUUACCGCCGAAAGAAGCUAGGCGUGAUCAAGAAUGUGGUGAUUGCUAGCAUUGGCGGAAUGCUCACCUACAGUGUAUACUUGGGCCUCCUACAGAUGCAAAUGAUUCUCCACUAUGAUGAGACCUACCGAGAGGUGAAAUACGGCAGCAUGGGACUCCCCGACAUUGACAGCAAGAUGUUGAUGGGUAUCAACGUGACCCCUGUGGUGGCUCUGCUCUACACACCCGUGCUCAUCAGGUUCUUUGGCACCAAGUGGGUGAUGUUCCUGGCCGUGGGCAUCUAUGCCCUCUUUGUCUCCACCAACUACUGGGAGCGAUACUACACACUAGUACCCUCUGCAGUUGCCCUGGGCGUGGCCAUUGUGCCCCUCUGGGCCUCCAUGGGGAACUACAUCACCAGAAUGUCGCAGAAAUACUACGAGUAUGUGAAUUACAAAGAAGAGCAUGUUCAGGAGCAGAGGCGUCCCCCAAGGGGGGCCCACAUGCCCUAUCUUGUCAUCUUCCACACCAUCUUCUAUAGCUUCUUCCACCUCAGUUUUGCCUGUGCCCAGGGGCCCAUGGUCUUCUUCCUCAAUGGGUACUUGUAUGGUCGGAAUCACACCCUCUAUAAUGUGCAUAGCUGUGGCACCAACAGCUAUGGGAUCCUCAUUGGCUUCAACAGGACUGUGCUUCGGAGACUGCCCCACAGCCAGAACCUCAUCGUGGUUGAAAGUGUGCUCAUGUCGGUGGCCUUUCUGGCCAUGCUGCUGAUCCUGGCCCUGUGUGGCUCUGCCUACCGGCCCACAGAGGAGAUUGACCUUCGCAGCGUGGGCUGGGGAAACAUCUUCCAGCUCCCCUUCAAGCACAUGCGUGACUACAGACUACGCCACCUCUUCCCGUUCUUCAUCUACAGCGGUUUUGAAGUGCUCUUCGUCUGCACUGGCUUCACUCUGGGCUACGGUGUGUGCUCCAUGGGCUUGGAAUACCUGGCACCCAUCCUGACGGCCUACGGCUUCGGUGCUGCUGUCUUCUCCAGCCUCGGGCUCCUUCAGCUGUGUCUGCCCCGACAGGUGCCCCUGGUGGCCGGGGCUACCGUGCACCUGCUGCUCAUCCUUGCCUUCUUUUUCUGGGCCCCUCACCCGCAGGUCCUCAGCCACAGCUGGGUCUUCUACAUGGUGGCUGUGCUCUGGGGUGUGGGCAGUGCCCUCAACAAGAUCGCAUUAAGUACCCUCCUUGGGAUUCUGUACGAAGAUAAAGAGCGUCAGGAUUUCAUUUUCACCAUCUACCACUGGUGUCAGGCCCUCGCCAUCUUUGCAGUCUACCUCGGCUCCGACCUGCCCAUGAAGGCCAAGUUGGCCAUCUUACUGUUGACGGUCCUGGUGUCCAUGGCCUCCUACCUGUGGAUGGAGGCCAAGCUCAAGCAGCGUGUAGCCUACCGCCUGCCCCGAAUUCCCCGGCCCCAGCACAAGGUGUGCGGUUACCGUUACCUGGAAGAUGACAACUCCGAUGAGACAGGCUCGGAAAAUGAGCAGGGCUCAGCCCACAGCCGAGACGGCUCAGACAACGAGGAUGGUGAUGGGGAGCCCCUAGGAGUGGGCGCCCUGGGCCCUGGCAGAAGGCGCUACCCUUAUGAGCAGGCCCUGGAUGGGGAGGAUGGGCCUGGGCAGGAGUAGCUGCCAGCAGACUCUCCCUGAGCCUGUGCGCCCUCUCCCCCACGGCCCCUUGAUCACCCCCUCCCCUUGGUCCCCCUCAGGCACCAGAGCAGCACCAGGCCUUUAGUUCUUGGCACAUGUGAAGUAAGCCCUCUCUUCCCUGGACUCACUUGGCUGGUCUCUGAAAUGGGUAGCCUCUCAGAGGAACCUCUGAUACCUGUCCAAGUUGUCAAGAUCUCAGUGUGGUUCAGUAAAACAACCCCUAACCAGACUCCUAAUUGACCAACAGCCUCAAUUAACUGGAAUUCAUUUUGGGGAGAGAGGUUCAGCAUGAGGAAGACGAGACCAGUGGCCAGAAGAUGAGGAACUUCUGGUAUGAACAGUCCAACCUGCUGCUUCUCUUGCUCCAGCCUCAUCCCCAGAGUGUGAGUGCCGCUGUUCACAGGGGCGGUUCUGAAUUGAGCCAAUUCUGACUCAGGCAGGAAAGGCGAGCUGAGGCCCCUCACACUGACAUUGGGCUCAUGGGGGGCUGGGGGAGUGGCCCUCAUUUCCCCAGAGCGCAGUGUGACUUCUCUGUCCCUCUUCUGCUGCCUUUGAGGUUCCCCUGGUGGGAGAUGGGCUUCACUUCUGCGGCUCUGGUACCUGCUUUUUAAGAAUUACGAUUUUUUAAAUCACUGGCUUAUGUCUGAGUUAUCAAUCUCAGGCUGCCUAAUGUGGUUAGAGGGGAACUGGAGGGAGAAGGGAUAUGGUCACUGGGCUUGAGCAGGGACACAGAUCUGGGUCAAGAUGGAGGGGCACCCUGGAGGGUGGGGUCUGGGCAGUUCAGUGCCAGAGGCAGUGUGGCCUGGGGAAAAGAGCACUGGACAGGCCGUGGAAGGUCCUGGCUCUGUCGACUGUUUGGCCUUGGCCAAUCCACCAAUCAUCAAUAUUUAUUAAGUGCCUGUGCAAAAGACAGUCCCUGCCCUCAAGGAGCUCCCAAUCUAAGGGACAAGCCUCUCCCAUCUUAGCACCUGAGUUUACCCAUCUGAAACCUGAGGGGGCUGGAUGGCUUAGCUCCCUUCCAGUUCUAAAAUCUGGUGGUCCUUGAUGGACAUCUGGAGUUGAACAAACUGACUGCUGCCCUCUUGUGGUGGCCAGUAAGCACUGCAUGUACCGGGCCUUGGAGAAAGGGGCCCCAGGAGCAGCCAGCUCAGCUUCUUCCAGAGCAGUUAUCUCUUCCGCAGAGGUCCACACCCUCUCCCCCCAACCCCCCCGGGGCCACCCAGCCUCUGCUGGCAGAACUCCCAUGAUGGGGAACUUAUUACGUCUUGAGGGAGCCAUUUCCACUUUUCCAUUACAUUUAACAAACAUUUAUUAAGCAUCUACUGUGUGCAAAACACCAACCUGGUGAUGUGGACACAAAGAUGAAAACCAGCCCCUGCCUUCAGGGAGCUGACCUGCCACUGGAGGAUACAUUAGGUAAAUAGAUAAGGAAAUAUUAGAGGAGGGAAGAGAAGAAGCAUCCUGUUGACUGAUGUUGUCUCUCAGCCGAGCUUUGAAGGAAGGGAAGGCUCCUCAGAGGCUGAGGAGAGGAAGGAUGGUGCUUCCGGCAUGGGGGAUGGCCAAAGCAAAGAGACAGAGGCUGGAGAUGGAAAUGCCCCCUCCCCCACACCUAGUCCUGAUCUCUGAGACCAAGCCGACAAAGUCGAGUUUCUCUUCCUCAUGGCCAACCUUCAGACAAUUUGAAAGAAGAAAUUAAGUCCCCUUAAUAAUAAUAGUCAACAGAAUGAAGUAACAAAAAGAAGCAUUUAUUAAGCACCAGCUAUGUACCCAACACAGUGGUGGUGCCACAAAUAGAAAACCAGACAGCCUCUGCCCUCAAGGGGGUCCCCUUCUAAUGGGAAAGACUAUAGGGGGCAGAGGCCACGAUGACCACCACAACUUAGAGGAAAACAACUUGGACGUGUGUGUGAAUGAAUCCUCACAUCAAAAGUCUGAAUCUGCAUCCGACCUUGCCAUGCUUGGCAGAACAGGGAUGGACUAGAGGGCAGGAGGUGGACAUUUUCAGACAGGACCCAACUGUUGAUUUGUUUGGCUUGACUCGGCUUAUUGAUGACAAGGCAAGGCGGGCUUCCAUUUGGGAGAAAUGGGGGAAAUGAGUGGAUGGUGACUGAGAUCAUAAGAAAAGAAGAGAAAAGCACGAAUAAUCAACAUUAAAAAUAUGUAGGAAAAACAAGGUUAGGAGUGACACAAACAUCAGGGCAAUUUUGUUACUAUCUUGUUAAAUUUAAUAUGCACUUAAAACCGUAAAAACCAGAAACUGACAAUUUCAUGCAUAAUCCUCUUUUAUGUUCUUUGUAUAUUCAAAUAAUUGUGUUUUUGAUCAUUUUAAAUUUCAAAAUAAAAAGUGUUUAUUUUCUUUUUUUAAA